AGCGCGGCCUUCGCAGCUUCACGUCGGAUACGCUUUGCAACAUACCAACCCCGCAUACUACGCCAGAGUCCAGCCAGCGACGACAGCCUCCACACAACAAAACGAUUCGAGACUCCGUCAGUGGCGGACGCGUUUGUGGAAGUCAGUGCAAAUUUAUUCGCAUAGUUGCAAAAGUCUUAUCAACUUGCAGCAGUGUGGUGCGGAAAAGUGUAAACAUCGCGAUAGAAGCCGAUUUCCAUCCGGAAAAGGUCCAAUUAGAACACGAUAAGCGAAUUUUCCAUCGAAUGUGAAAUUUUGUACACACACGCAUACAGACGCAGCAGAAGAGAGAGACAAGGUUCAAGAUUUUCACCUGAGUGCUUGCUAGUGUCGGUGAGACGGGAGAAGGUAGUGACGGUGUGUGCGUUCUGGCGACUGCGAAAAAUAGAAGGACGCUUCUGAUUGGUUGACCGUUUGACAGGCGCUGGAGAAGAUUUUUACAACUUUGUUCAAAGUGCCAUAAUUUUCGGUGCAAAGUGCAAUAAUUUGCGGAAAAUUGCUUAAAGUGACAAAGUUUUACGAAUUUUUAAGCAUAAAGUGUGUUUUAGGGUAGUGGAUUUACAAGUAGAAAAAGUGACCGAGCGCAGCUCUGUUGGACAAGAUGGCGACGGCUGCGAGAGCCAAUCAGCGUCGAGCUUCUGUCGCUCGGGUACAGGAUGAUGAUUUUUCAUACGUUUUCGCGUCAUCGUUCAGCAGCAGCAGCAAAAUUUAGUGCGUCCUCGUCGCAGAAGGAAGAACAAAACCCAAGAUCAGCAAGUGAGGAAGAGUGUGUGCAAGAUUUUGGGCUCGCGCGGAAAAAAUCGAACCAAAUUGGAGUCCGAGAAUAUCUCCCUGACAUGUGUCAGGUGAAAAUUGGUGAAAUUGGUUAAAGUGCUGGUGGAAAUCGCUGGAAGUGUCCCGAACGAAAAUUCGAUUCUACCAAGUAAACUAGAAAGUACCAAAGAGCACACUAAGCGACUCCAUUUUGGAAGUAACGUUACCAGAAACGUUAGUAUUGAGCUGGUUCAAAUACCAGACCCAACCUCUAUAAGACAACAGUUCAUCACGGCUUCCAAAUGAGUAGCCGGAAGUCUGCGGCGGCAGCCGCCGCAGCCGGGCAGGGCUCCUCUGGUGGUAAGAGGCGCGGUCGCCCACCAAAGUCACAGUCAGCCGCCAUGGAGCGGCCGAAGAGCAACUUCCAGUACCAUCUACUGAAGAAACCGAAAUAUCUCUGCAAAGACGGUGGCAACGGGGAUUCACGUUUCAGCACCCCGUCGGCAUCUCGUGCGUCGUCACCGCAGGGCAGCGAGGAGAGCCGCCCUUCCACAUCAAGACGAUCGGCUCCGGCCAAGGCACCACGCUCGGCAAAGGCCACAAAGGGACGACGAUCUGCGAGUGGACGAGGGCGAGGUGGAAACAGUCGAAAAAGUUACACCUACCACGAGUCGGAGUAUCAUUACGGCUCGGACUUUGGCGACGACAGUGACAAAAGCGACGCCUAUGAUGAUUCCAUGCGUUCAACCAGUGAUUCCGAAGACAGCCUUGCGAAUGAAUCCGAGUCCGAUUUUUCCAUUCAAAGUUUCAGUGUGUCGACGGGAGUUGUCUGCCAAAGGGAGCCAUCUCCGGAUCCGGUGUGGCUUCAGGAACGCAAUUAUCCGCCAUUGGAGUUGCCGGCCUCGUCGGAGGAUUUGCUAGUUCCAAACAGUAUUGUUCUGAAGUGUACCUCGAUCUACGAAAUCAUCAGACGGUUCAGAAAUUUGGUACGACUUUCGCCAUUCCGGUUAGAGGACUUUGCGGCAGCGAUCAUGUGCGAAGAUCAAAGCCCACUGAUGACGGAGAUACACGUUAUGCUUCUGAAGGCUAUUCUCCGGGAGGAAGAUUCCCAACAGACUCACUUUGCACCUUUGGAUCAGAAAGACAGUGUCAAUAUAGCGCUUUAUUUGAUAGACAAUAUUACGUGGCCAGAGGUGUUGCGGAGUUACAUUGAAAGUGACCCUAAUUUAGAUCAAAAAGUUUUGGAGAUACUCACAGUCAACGAGUAUCCAUUUGUAUCAGCAGAAAAGCGUUUGACAGUGUUGCAAUUUUUGACGGAUCAAUUCUUGGUUACCACCACAGUUCGAGACGACAUGUUGCAAGAGGGUCCAAUCCAUUACGACGACCAUUGUCGUAUCUGUCACCGGUUGGGAGAUUUGCUGUGCUGUGAAACUUGUCCCGCUGUUUUCCAUCUGGAGUGCGUUGAUCCGCCGUUGGUGGAUGUUCCGAGCGAGGAUUGGCAGUGUAAUCUGUGCAAGCUUCACAAGGUAUCUGGAGUGAUGGACUGUAUUACGGCACAAGAGAAACAAGGAAUGCUUUGCAGGCAGGAAAUGAUUGGAUAUGAUCGACAUGGCCGGAAAUAUUGGUUCAUCGGCAGGAGAAUUUUUAUAGAGACCGAAGAUUCUUCCGAGGUGUGGUAUUUCAGUACGGUCAAGCAGUUCGAAUAUUUGUUCUCAAAGUUGGAUCCUGAUGAUUUGGAAAUGCAUCUCUGCAAGGAGUUGGAUGAAAGGAAAGAUGAAAUAAUAAAACAUAUGACUCUCACCGAGACAAUAACCAAUCAGCAAAAGGGCAAUAAAAAGUCCUACAUUGAAUUGGACAAUCAGCGAUUGGAGAGGUUGUUGGAAGAAAGACAGGCAAGUAAAAAUCCUGAUGGAAAAAUGGAUGUCGACGAGCUGAAGGACGGUGGCGAUAGUGAAGCAUCCAAUGAGAAGUCCAAUGAUGCAGCCAACGGAGACGAGUCCUCGAGUAAGGAAGACGACGACUCUAAAGCUUCGAGUGACAAGCAUGUGACACGAUUGAAGACGGGAUCAUUGGCUCCACGGACUUUCACUGCCGAAGAUAUGAAGAGAAAGAAUUCGUUAACUAAAGAGGAUGAUGAGUCACGAAUAACUCGUAACAAAUUAACUCAGAUAUCUAAUGGGACACUCCACUUCAAGUUGGGUAUGGAAAAUGGGUUCAAAGCAUACGUGAAUCAAUACUCCAUCAAUCCGAUUGCGCUGAACAAGCCCCAAAGAAAUGAAGACAGGGACAAGAAAAGACAUUUGUCGCACAAGUUCUCUCUAACCCAAGCUUCUGAGUUCAAAUGGCUCGGCGGAGGAAUGAAUAGCACACAAACGCAAAUUAUUUCGACGAUUAAACAGAGCAUCAUCGCGUUAGAACAGGCAGUCGCUUCGCCUUACCUUCACCAAAACUGGACAAAGUUAAGAAAAAUUUGGAUUGGCGCUAUUAGCGCUUGUACCAAAGCAAAAGAUUUUGCUCGAAUCCUGUGUAUUCUGCAGUCCUGCAUGAGGAGUGUAAUAUUUGCUGGUGUGUGGCACGAACAACUUGGUCACACUAAAAUGUACAAAAUAACGUCGGCCGAGCGAGAAGAAAAAAAGAAACUUGAAAAACGGGAGAAGCGAGAACGAGAUGAUGAAGAAGAGCGCAACCGAAGCACGUUUAAUUUCGUCAAGUAUUCGCUCGGACUCAGGCAUCAGGUUUGGAAGCAGAAGGGAGAAGAAUAUCGUAUACAUGGACAGUGGGAUUGGGUCUGGAUGUCCUUCAGUCGAAGAAAAGUCAAGAAAAUUGGCCGAGAAACAAAUGAUUUGAGUCACGUUUUGUUACCGAUUGUGGCUGAAGUGCACAAGAAGCUUCUGAAAAUUGACGCCAAAACGCAUGAGGCGUACCAACUCGUACGCAAUGGAAGCACAGAUCUUGACUUUUUAACCGGAAAUGAAGCGUUGGAUAGUCGGUUAGAGGACAAAUUCAAUCAGACGGAAACAUUCCACGUUCCAGAAACGUACGAUCAAAUUGACAUUUGUAAGGCACUUUCUACACCAGGCGGCCGAAUUUUGUAUCCCAAGAUCGCCAAGACUGCUUCAGUACUGGACGGAUUACUUCAACGACGAGUUGAUCUAAAAGAAGCGGAAGAGCAAAAAUUCGCCAAAGUGAAGGAUGAUGACGACAUCGAAGUGAAUGUGAUUCACAAGCCGGAAACAGUCCAAACACGGCCAGGCGAAUGCGUAGAAAAACAACUGCAAACCAUCAUAAACAGUCGUCACAAUUCCAACACAAGGAAUCAAUUGCCAGUCAAUAGACAAACGAUUCGACUGAACGGUGAACAGUUAGAAUCUUUGAUUGAAAAAAUCCUUCCUCUACGUUCCAAAUACCAAAAAGUAAAUGCUCUGGUCCAGCAGAGCAAGUGCUACUCGGUAGAUUGCGAAAAUGGUCAAUGUUAUUCGCCUUUAUGCUUGCAAAAACAAUCCAUCAAAGAUGAACUGUCGCCGCUUCUGAAGCGCGCUCAAGCACUGCAAUCCACUCCAAUGGCCACCCCAACGGCCGGUGUAAAGUCAAUCCUUGAGCAGAAACUGACCGAGAAUAAGGCGGAAAAUUUCGACUCCAUGCUGGCCAAUUUUACGAUGACUCGGUAUCGCUCGAUUCUCGAUGAUUGGGACUGUGCUCAUCAGCAUCUGAUUGAAUAUGACGAACAACUUGUUCAAACUAUGGCGGCUCCCAAAAUGCCAGACGAACACAACAACAAUAUAACGAAUGAGGUUGAAAUCAAGACCGAGGACGCUCCCGAUAUGGUUGUAAAAGAGGAAAUUGUCAGCACGGAAGGGGAGCCUGAUUUAAAUGUCUCGGAAAAGGUGGAUGAUAGUUUGAAGCUGAACGAGAACUCCAAUUCUAUCUCGGAAAAUUCGUGCGAUGAACCACGCUCCACCCGUCGGGGACGCUCGCGAAAUAGCAAAAACAACUCAAUAGUUGUUGAAGAAGCUGAGGUCAAGGUUAAAGAAGAGGAAGUGAUUGUUUUACCAAAGAAGGAACACAAACCAAAUCGCCGAUUUGCUCUGCCAUCCCGUUGCGUAAAGAAGGAAGAACCAGAAGAGCAAGAGCUUGCAUCCGAUGGUAGUCCGCGGAUUUAUUCCGCCAGUGCUACCAAAGGAAAGAUUUAUCUUCGUAAAGCCCUGGUGCCCGAAGGAAAAGAUGAGAAGGUUAAAAGUGAAAGUAAAUCGACUGUUGUCGGUCCGGUAAAACCAAAAUAUCCUGCGGUCAAUUACUUCUGGACUCGCAAACAAACUACCUCGAUUAUGGUUCUGCCCACACAUGAGCUGCUCAAGUUGGCCCGCAACGGAGGUCGCUUGGCAGUGGCAGGUUUCCACCAUGUAGCCAAGAACAACAACUCCGUGUGGCCUUAUCCGUGUGCGAGACCAUUGUUCAAAACAUGUUGGCUGUAUCGCACGCUCAAUUUGAGCACGUUGUCUGCUGUUGGUCUGCAGUUGCGCAUCCUAUGGACAUGCCUACGGUGGGACGACAUGGCCAUGAAACCGGUCACAAGCGACGGAAAACAUCAGGUAACAACCGAGUCAGAGAUUAUGUCACUGGAAAUUCUCAAACAUCGGUACGCAGGAAUCUUCAACGAGAGAAUGCAAUACUUGCGACGAAAAGUAGUCAUUCCACUGGAGCUUCCAAAGACUGUUCGUGAGGUGCAAUCCAUCCGUUCGGGUUUACGAAAGCGGAAACGUGCCGAAUCUCCACAGCAAACCGAACCGCAGGUCAGCGAAGAGUGGAUCGAUGAAGACAAGCUAGAGCUGUGGGAAAUCAAGCUAUACGGAGAAAAGCAAGAGAAAAUUGCUGCGGCACAAGCCCAACAUGUCACCCGCACCAGUACCGGGAAGCUUCCUGUUACUCGUCCGACACCUACAUCGUCUGGUGAAUCAUCCAAUUCGUCGACUCCAACCAACAAUGGCAGUGUUAGCAGCAACAAUGUCUCAUCCGGUAAUAUCCAAAACAAAUCAGCGGUCAUUUCCAGUAAAGCCUCUCGAGAGGAGAUCACGGAAAAAAUGGAACAGCAACUUCGGAUACAACGAGCAGCUCACAAUCAGAAACGUGCGAUGGAACUCAAACAAGGUCAAUCGACGGAUGGUGCCACCCCUCCCAAGCAAACAAUCGUUCAGCGACGAAUAAUCGUCAAAAAUGCUGACGGCACAACAAAAGUUAUUCAGCAAAAUAUCACCCAACCGGCUCGAGCUUCUCCAACCCCAGCACCAUCGGCGACUCCCAGUCCCCAACAAUCUAAGGCUCAGCAAGCAGCUACCCCUCCGGCGAAACCCGACGGUCCGCAAAAAGUUCAAAUCAUUCGGGGUCCAGAUGGAAAAGUUAGCGUACGUGGUCUGAACCCGGGACAGCAGCUGAUUCAGACCGCCGACGGAAAACUGCAUGUUCUCAGCGCAGCACCUGGAGCAAACCCCGCUAGCAAACAAACCAUAGCCGCGAAGGUCGGUCAGAAAAUCAUCACCAAGGUGGCUGCUGGCGCUAGUCCUGUUGCAAGUGGUUCCGCCGCUUCCAGCAGCAACGUGGCGCCCAGCACAGCAGCCGCCUCGGUGACGGUGACGCCUCCCGCGAUCACUCAGCCCCAACCGCAGCAAAUUCAGGUGCAACAGCAGCAAGUCCAAGUGCAACAACAACAGCCGCAGCAGCAGCAAGCUGCCCCUGUGGUGGUUAGCUCCCCUGCGAUGGUAACUCAGCAAGUUGUAAAUAAAUCGCCUAGCAUUGUGGUUCGAAAUCAGGCCGGUCAGCCAAUCAAACAGAUUAUUCAGAAGCAAGUAGUUCAGAAGGUGCAAGCGACCAGUACGACACCGCAACAGCCGGUUACUCCGCAGAAGAUAAUCAUCAACAAUCAGCAGGGAACAGUGCAGAAAAUUAUCACCUCAAGUGGACAGCUGAUAACCACAACAGGAAGUCCCGUUCAGAAAGUGGUUACACAAUCCAAUUUACAGCAACUGCUGCAAAACGCUGGGCAAAAAGUCGUGGUUGAAUCGAACUCUGGUCAGAGUCCGGUGCAGACGCAGAAGGUUCUGGUCGCCACAACUCCCACCGGCCAGCCCGUGCAGAAACAGAUACUAAUCCAGAACGCUACAUCUCCCCAGCAGAUUAUUAUCAACCAAGCCGGUGGGCAAAAGGUAGUUCAACAGAUCGUUGCCUCACCAGGUCAACAGAUCAUGAUCGGUGGCCAACGGAUUAUGAUAGGUGGCGGUCAAAAGAUUAUCAGCAAUCAACCCAUUCAAAUCCAGCAGAACCAACCGAUCCAACAGAUACAGCCAAUCCAACAGGUACAACCGAAAGUACAGCAAGUGCAUCAAAUCGUUACCUCCUCGCCACAGCCUCAGCAACCCCAGCAGAUUCAGAUACAGAUACAGCAACCUGUUGCUACACAAUCAACCCCGCAGCCACAGGUUCAAACUAUUCAAGCGCAAUCGUCUCCUCUCUCCCAAGGCCAAAGCCUAACCCAACAGCUGUCCAGUGGCAAGCUCCAACUGGCCAACUUCAAUGGUCAGCAAGUGCUAAUACGGCCCUUGGGUAAUAAUCAGGCACAGGUUGUUGCCCACAUUAAAACACAACCCAACGGAACCGCGCAAAUCAUUCCUUUGGCAAAUGCGGUCGAUCCUCCCGCUGCACCAGUUCAAGCUCAGCCAAUGCAACAAGUCAUGCAAGCCGCUCCGGUGCAACAAACGACCAUCCAGCAGGUUGUACAGCAGCCAAUAGCACAAACCACGGUCGUCCAGCAAGCAUUCAACGCAUCAGGAACCUCUCAAACUACGUUCCAGCAGCUUGCCGCCGCGACUCAACAACAGCAGCAGGCACUGGAUCCGGUGGAGCAGACCUUACUGCAAGGCCAACCGCCAGGAACGGUCAUCAAAUGCGUCACUGCCCAGGUGAUACAGACUCAGCAGGGCCCGCGGAUAGUGCUGCAAGGUUUGCAAGGUUCCGAAUUUACCCCUGCGCAGUCCGCCCUAGUGCAGCAGCAGGUCAAACAACAGCUGCUCAAAGCCCAGGAAUCGAACGGUAAGCAGGGUGUUCUCGGACCGACGAAAAUCUACUUGGCCAUUCAGCCGUCCCAGCAGCAGGCCGUGGUAGCCCAGCCGCCGCCAUUGGCCCCGGUACAGAUUAAACACGACGGUGGCACAACCCAUAUCCAGCUGCACCAGCAAGUAAGUCGCUACUAGAGAUUUUGUUUUAUUUUCGUUUGUUCUUUAUUUUACCAUUUUCGGAUUUAUUUUUUAUUCCGUAUCGUGAUGAGAUUUUUGCGAGCCCAUGUGAUGGGUCGCGCGAUAAAGAGAAUGGUAUGCACGAUUUCUUCUUUCCUGGAGAGACACGGCUCGAAGAAGGGAAAGUGGUGCGCGAAUCGAGAUUAGGAUUAUUGUACAUAUAGUGCCCUUAUAAUUAACAGUAUUGUAUAUAUAUAUAUAGAUUAGACGCGCUUUUUUCAGAGAAGCAUUCAACAAAUUCUAAAACCUUAGUGUGUAGGUGAGAAGUUAUCGUGCAUUCCAAAGUAUUUGAAAUUGUAGACAAAGGCCUAGAUUGUGGGUUUUGUGCAGUCAUACCCCACGGUGCAGUAAUCUUGAGGUAUAUGUCUCUUUUUAGCCUUAGCGUUUAAGUAAACUGUGUCCUGUGUUUUAAUACUUUUUUUUAACUGAUCGAUUAUGAAAUCUAUAUGGGCAUACAUUUUAUCUGUGACCAACUACACAAUUAUUUUAGAAUUGAAAGUAACCAGAAUAGCGAUCCAUUUAUAUAUGGAAGUAAAUUGCAUAAUCUCAUUACCAAUAUCCUCAGUUUAGUUGAUUUAGUUUGUGAGUUCUUCUCACGGCAGUAUAACUUUCAGCCUCCCAUUUUUUUUACGAAUUUUGCGUGACCUAAAAUAAACGAUAUCUGCUCCACUAUUCAAAACAUGUUCAUAUAUAAGUUGUAUUCGCACUCAAUCACACACAAUCGUUGUUCACUGAAUCACAAGGUUUUGAAUAUUUGUCCUUGAAUAUGGGUACAUGAGUCUGAAUUGUGGAGCAGAAACACUGUAGGUUGAAAGUUUUAGAGCAAAUUUUAUUUUUUGAGCUCCCGCUUUGUUUACGAUAACCCACCUUUUUACGCAUUGCAUUGGAAUAUCCAAAUUUUGCUUGAUUACUGAUUUGGGUAGACGAUGUACGAACUUUGAAUACUACAUGUGAUAAUCACAACCAGCCUGAUAUCAUAUGCUCGUAUCUUGGACUUCACUCAGAUGUUACGAGUUGAAAAAUAGAGAAAUUCAAAAUUUUACAAUUUUUUGAAGUUUCGAGUUUUUUGGGAGCUGUAAUCUGUAACUGUAACUGUAAUCAUUCAAAGGCUGUCGAUACAAAAUUCCAAAAUUUUAAAAUUAAAUUUGCUUUAUAUUUCCAACAACGUUUUCGUAUUUCACCGUCAUUGACAUCACAGAUUUUACGUACCUUUUAUCAAGUUCCUAAUGUACAUGAUCGAUCCAAAUACUAUAGAAAUUGGUAAACAUUCUAGAUUUUUCAUUCUUAUUGAACCUAUUCGCCGUCAACUUGUCAGCUCUUAUUGGUUCAUUGUCUGUCCUUAGUCAAGUUAAUUCAAAAUAUUCCAUGACAAACAGCAAACAAAACAAAGCCUAUACAUAAAGCAUCUCUUGAGACUGAACAAAUGGAAAUGGACAGCAUUUACGAUUGGUUUUUCCUGUUCCUAAGAAUAAGCAAAGCUCCAGAAGUCUAACAAUACAUGCAUAGCUUUCAAGCGACAUUCCCAGUUCUCCACUUCCGUUUAAUGUCCUGACUAACGAUAAACAAUCUGCUGAUGCCACGUCCCAUUCAACUCCAAUCGUGGUAGAGCACUUCUCGAUAUGCCUAUCCUAACGAAAGAAAAAAAAAACGACGUAGCAGCAAAUCUCCGCAACGUUGCAGAGUAA